AUUUGAUCUGAAACAUAUUUAAAUGUCUUAAAAUGAAAUGGUUCGUAGAGACAGGCAAUACACAAGCAAAUUUUAACGUGAAUUUUCGAAUAAACGCUUAUCGAUCUGCUAUAAUUUUGACUGAUAUAAUCACGCAUUGAUACGAUGGACGGAUUGUUCGUAUAUUGUAUAGUGUAAGCACUUCGAUGAAAAACUAAAUCAAUCAUUUUAUCGCAACGUGUGAACGUGAGAUGAAAUUACGCGUACAUAUUAUUUAUUUUUUUCCAAUUGCGUGGUUGAUGCAAACGCAGCUGUCAGAUGCAAUACUUGAUACAAACAUAUACCGCAAUCGUGCUAAUCUUACCACUGCUAUCACAGAAAUAUCUCCUAUACUUACACCAAAAUUUGUUAAAAAAAUGAGCUCAGUGCCCGAACAAGAAUUACAAGCUGCUGCGAAAACAUUACCUCCAGCUCUUUCAGAAUCGAAACACAAAGGACAAGCCGGUCGAAUUGGUAUAAUUGGUGGUUCUUCCGAGUACACAGGUGCUCCUUAUUUUGCGGGUAUCACAGCUCUGAGAUGUGGUGCAGAUCUAACGUACAUAUUUUGUAUGAAAGACGCGGCGAUACCUAUUAAAUCAUAUUCACCAGAAUUGAUCGUAUUGCCAUUUUUAGAUGCCGAACACGGCAAAAGUUUGACCACAACGCGGCUUCUGAAUAUCCAUUCAUUGGUGAUAGGACCAGGCUUGGGAGAAAACGUCGAUGUGCAUCAGCUGGUCGUAUCCAUCAUUCAAUACGUAAAGGAAAAUCAGAAAAUUCUGUUUCGGAUUUCAUUAGUUUUUGAUGCAGAUGGAAUCGGAUUAUUGGCUGACAAUAAAGACGUUCUCUUAAAUUACCCUGGAUCUAUAUACAUAACUCCUAAUGCUAAUGAAAUAAAAAAAUUAGCAUUUGCGUAUUUCGGACGACGUGAUAUAAAUACUAGCGAUGAUGCGACAUUGCAAGAACUGGUUAAUCAAAUUCAUCCUAACGCUGUUCUCAUCUUGAAAGGUCAAAACGAUAAAAUAGUCACUCCCGAUGGUACGUAUGUUUGCUCUACUCCUGGUUCAUUGAGACGAUGUGGAGGACAAGGAGAUAUUUUAUCCGGUUCAUUAGGUUUAUUUUCAUAUUGGGCCAAUUUGUAUAAAGAAAAAGAAGACCAGAGUAACAUUCCAGCUGAAGUAAUCGCCAGCUAUUCCGCUUGUUCUAUCACAAGAUUAUGCAGUCAGUUUGCUCACGAAGAAAAAGAACGUGCCAUGGUGACUUCGGAUAUGCUGUCUCAAAUUGGCAAAGCGUAUAAAACAUUUUUCAGUUCAUAAAAAUUGGGUUUAGGUAACUUUUUUGAUCCAAUUUCUAUUUUAUGUUUUUAAUUUCAGAAGUAAAAUAAUUUAUUGUUUAUGCAACUUUGAACAUGCAACUAUUUUAUUUUUGUUGGGCUAUCGCUUGGUUUUAUUUAUUGUUAUAUUCGUCACUCAUCAUUUUUUUGUUACUGCUGUAUUGUGAUUUUAUAUUCAAAUUUGAGAAUAAUUUCAUUGGUGAUUGUAAAAAAAUAAUUAUAAAAUAUUUAUUGAUAUAAUUAUUAUUACUUGUUGGAAAUGUGCAACACUGCCAUCGAAAUUUAACUAGAUUUAAGCUCUAUCCGGUGUGUGUGGUAACAUUGUUUUUUUUCACCAUGCCUUUAUCAUCUCGUUUUGUACUUAUAUAAUUUGAUGAAUUUGUUUUACGUAUUAAAUAAUGAACAAGACUCUGCUUUUUCGUGACUUUAUUUAAACUGUAUAAUAACAGGUUAUGGGCCCAGUCCCUUGCCUAACUGUGCGCGAACAGAAAUCGAACUCGAACUAUGGUAUUUUUCAACUAAUGUACUUUGUACUACCGGCAAUUUUGGCCUCGCACUCUUUGAACUCGGCAUAUUUGGCCUCGCACUCCUUGAACUUUGAACAAGAACUAGAACUCGAUCAUUGGAUCUCGCACUCGAACAGAACAACCACUCAAUCUCCGAACUCAGUCAACAUGGACAACCUAAUAAUCAGCAUCUCAAAUGGCAUCUCCAAACUACAAGGUACACAGAACUAUCCUGAAUGGCGUUUUCGAUUGAACUUAGCUAUAGAACAAGUAACAAACUUACAUGACUUAGAAGUGCAUCAUACCACGAAAAAAACAAAACAAGAAAGUUUAGAAUUGAAACUCAAGCUCUUGAUCGCAGGUACAAUCAGUGAACAUGUGACCAGUCACAUUUUGCAUUGUACCACUUCAACUUUGAUGUUAGAUAAAAUCGAACAGCUCUAUGGUCCAAAAGAAGAAGAUCUUGAUGAACUGCAACUGGAAUUCUUCAAUUUCGAGUAUGACAGUAAAAAAUCCAUGCAAGAAAAUGUGAGUAAACUUGAAAUAUUGCGCCAAAAGAUAAUCAACUUAGGCGAUAGCAUUUCCGAGUCCGCUUUUAAAACAAGAAUUUUGUCAUCUCUACCUAAAUGUUUCGAUGCAAUCGUAUCAGCAGCUAAUCUGAACAAAAAAAUCAAGCUCAAAGAUUUAAUUUCAUCAUUGGUUUCCGAGGAUAUUCGUCUACGUAAAUUGAAAGGUGCUGAUAAGAAAGAACCAGAUCCGAAAAACGAACCUGUGAUUGUGAAAACAGCAGCAGCCCUGAUAGCAACCUCAUCAACUCCUCCAUCAGCUCAAUCCAAUACUAAUUCCGAAGAUCAAUCCUGCAAGUAUUGUAAAACGAAAGGUCACCUUGUGGAUUCCUGCCCUGAAUUGAUGAAAAGAAAUAAUGCAGUGUGCCAUUCCUGUGGAGAUAAGGGCCACUACUCAAAAAAUUGCAAGGUAAAAAAAGAAAAGGAAAAGGUAACACUUGCUUGUUAAAAUUGUUUUACAUUUCUUGUGUUCUUUGUAUUUUUAAACAUAUUAUCUACUCUUUUUAGAAUUAAGUGUUUCAUGACAUGUGUUUGUCUAUCCAAAUUUGCUCACUUUGUGAUUUUGUUCUAGUUUUUAUUACUAGGUGCUAUUUUUGAUUUUAUUUUUUAGAAUUACGUAUUCCUGAACUUUCGAUUGUUGUGUUGUAAGGGAGUGUUGGAAAUGUGCAACACUGCCAUCGAAAUUUAACUAGAUUUAAGCUCUAUCCGGUGUGUGUGGUAACAUUGUUUUUUUUCACCAUGCCUUUAUCAUCUCGUUUUGUACUUAUAUAAUUUGAUGAAUUUGUUUUACGUAUUAAAUAAUGAACAAGA